AUGGCAACGAAAUCGGAACAUCGAACAACAACUGAAAGUACCUCAAAAGGAGUUAAUGGUGCAGCUGACGUGCAUACUUUAGUGGCAGAAACAUUAAAUGGUUUUGAGGAGAAUGGGCUAUGUCAUGAGUCAACGUCAUCAAACAUCGAACAAAGUGGAAUCGCUGAAACAGCAAUCUCAAAGUCUUCAGUAGCUGUCGGAAAUGUGUCACCAUCAUCUUUACGUCGUAGCACACGUGCAUGCGCUUUAAAAGCUGCCGAACGUAUUAAACUGAAAGAAACGUUGACGCCGGUGAUCGAUGGUAUGACAUCACAUGGUGGUAUAGCUUGCAUUUCGGGACCAGAAAAUGAUGAUAGUGACGAACCGUUAUUUAAGAAAAAACGUUAUGCGGAAGGUCAGAAGUUAGAUCAGACAGAUUGCAAAUUUGGAAUUAAAAUGGAAGACGAUGAAGUACUGUUGAUGAGUGACGAGUCCGAAUUAUCAAGUUUGAAUGAAUUGGAGUUCGAGCAAGUCAGAAAAGUUUAUGACCGAACCGUGAAUCGGGAACAAACUGAUGAACAAAAGAAGGAGCGGGAGAUUAUGGUUAAAAAUAUUGAAGCUGAACUAAGGAAGGACGAGGCAAAACUAUUGAUGCUAAAAAAAUUGCAAAUAAGCCAACAGCAUUCUGUUAAACAGAUUCAAGAAGCCAAUGUGCGUAAACUAACAGCCAAUGUUGCACAGAACGGUAGUGGUCAUGCUUACAAGCCACCUGUUGCUGCUAUUCAGACUCGGCCUGUGUCGAAUAGUCAAGUAAAAGCAUCAACUUCAAAUACAUCUUCGCGUCCCUCUAUUGCUGUAACUUCGGCAGCUGCAGCAGCUGCUGCGUUGAUGAAUGCGAAUCUGACACCACAACAACAACAAAUGUUGCAUAACGCUGCUAAAAGUGGCUUUAUUAAUCCUGCUACUGCUCAAGCAUUGCUGCAACAGGCCCAGCAGCAUGUUCAGUCCAAUAACGGUCGUUUAACUCAGCACGCCGCAGCUUUGGCUACUGCAGCUCUUCUUUCUCAGCAUCAGCAACAGCAUCAAUCUCGGAACAAUGCGGCAGCUAUAUUAGCUGCCAAAGAAACCGCUGCUCAACGCGCUACAGCAGCCAGAGCUGCUCUACGACGACAGCUGGAACAGCAUUUAUUACAAAUUCCAUCACCACGCUCUGCACCACUUGAUAUGCAUUUUAUUCCAAACGCAAAUCAGCCGGACUUUUUAGUAUAUUUGGGUCUUGAUAUUGCUGUACAAAGGUUGCUGAAGGAUAAGACUGCUUUCAAACGUGUUGCUGUUGGGCCUUAUGUAUGUGAAGAAUGCGGUACUGAUUUCACUCCAGUUUGGCGUGCUAUUGGAGCAGAUGAUAAUUCAUUAAAUCUUUAUUGUGAUGCAUGUGUUAAAUCAGCGCAAAAGAAGAAGUUACGACAAGAACAUGCAGCUUUGCUCAGAAAAGUUUUUAAUAAAAUUACAGAGAAAGAACAGGAACUGGAAAAACAGAUCGCUGAAGGCAAAUUUGAAACAGUAGGACCUUCUUCAUCGACACCCCGUUCUUCAACUCCAGCCACGCCACCACUCUGCCCAUCUACUCUGAAGACAACACCUUCGUCAUCUGCUGCUUCAUUCAGUACACCAAAAGCUUCUACUUCUUCUACUGGUCAUCAGCAUCAUCACGCUAAGUUAGGCUCCCAUAAAAGAUCUGCUGCAACUAGUAGUAACACCAGUACGGUUGGACAAAGUGCAUCCCAAACCGCAGCGGCAGCAGCAGCUGCACUUGCUGCCGCUGCAGGUGCAACUGGUGCAACCAGUUUUCUCCAGCAACAGAUGGCUGCUGCUGUAGCAUUACGGCAAACUAAUCCGAUGCUUGCAGCUAUGAUGGCUAAUCCUUUGCUCAAUGCUCCGAGUAUGUUGCAGCUACAGUGGAAUCCAUUAGUGCAGCAGCGUUUACCUAAUUUGGCGAUGGCAGCACUUGCUCAAGCGGUUCAAAAUGCCCAACAAAACAGUGGAUCUGGAAAUAUUGCAGCAAAUGCAGCUGCAGCUAAUCCCUUGGCAGCUUUGGCAGCUUCAAUGAAUCCGGCUGCUGCUGCUGCUAUGUUUAGCAGUAAUCCACAGAUGGUUCGACAAUUGCAACAGGCACAACAAGCGAUGCAAAGGAAUUUUCUGUUAGAAUAUGCAAAAAGUCAGUCCAAGAAAUAG